AUGGCUCGACACAAAAGCACCGUGUGGAAUGCUCGGACUCUCACUGCCCCCAUUGCCGCCAUUGUAAUGGCCGGGCUCCUCUACACCUACUCGGUCACCUCUAUACGAGCAGCCAAGAGAAACGCGAGACUGCACCGCGAAGCAGAUGGCGGACAGCUAGACAUGCGACGGGAAAGCCUGCGCAGACACGGUGUGUUAGAUCCAGUUGAAGGCACAAAAGGCGUGGAGCUCUUCAGGGAUGCGAGAGCGGACGAGAAAAAAGAGUCGAAAUUUUUGACCGAAAAACAAGCAAAACCUCUGGGCUCCGUGCAGGAGGAAGAAGCAGGGGCGCCCCGUACGCAGAAUGAGGGAGUCCUCGACGCCUAUCGAGGCCGUCGAGGCCUGCAAAAGCUCAAAGAAGACAUGCCGCGAGACUAG